AUUUUGGUAAAUAUGUAGUUGGGCGAUAUUUGUUAAAGAAAAAAUUUUUAAAUGCUGAAAAUACUUUUAUUCUAUGCUUUUUAACUUUCUCUUUUCAUAUAACUCGGUGGAGAUAAGAAAUUGCAAAUACUUAGGUGAUUAUGCUAUUCUUAUUUUGCAAUACAAGACCUGUGCAAUCAUUCGACCGUCACAAUUUUUUUAUUUUGCUGUGUGUUCGUGAAUGCCUAAUGAAUUAAAAUGGUCGAUUAGGUCAGGUCAGUUUACAUUAUAUAUACUUUCAAACUAAGCGGACAUUAAAAAUAAUAUGAAUUAAUUUUAAUGGUUGUUUAGUUUUAAAGUAUUUAUAAUGUAACUGCCCGACCUAACAAACCGGGACACAGGAUGAACAGUAGGAACUCACGUUUUUUUAUUUUUAUUUAUUACUUGCGCAACAAUAUCGAAAUAAUAAAUAAAACAUUAAAAUUUGAAACGUUAAAAACUAACCUAAGUUAGAGGUGCGUACAAUUCCUUUGCCAUUGUAAACAAGUAACAAUCGUGAAUGACGCAUGAAUGCUCAGGUAUUGUGAUGAAAAUUAAAAAAUUCGAUAUCUCCUAAAGUAUUUGGAAUUUAUUAUCUCCGCCGGGUUUAUUGAAAAGAGGAAGUUAACGAGCAUAGAAUAAAAGUGUUUUCGAAUUUUACAAAUUUUUUUUAACACACAUCGCCGAACUACAUAUUUACCUAGAUGUUUUGUUUCUAUUUGACUGGCUGUGCGGAAGGAUAAAAUACUGAUGGUCUGUGGCAACAUUAGUGUGUACUCAUUCCAAAAUUCUGCCCCCGAAAUAAACGAUAAACAUAAAAUGUGUUUUUGGAGGCACAAGUCAAUAGAAAUACAGCCAACUCUGAAAACAAAUUCAAACGAUUUUUCCAGAGGAUGGAGAAAAAAAAAACCCUCCAUCCAAGACAACUGCUGAAUACCAUUGCCACGAAGGCAGCGAAUGAAGACUUGAUGUUGAAGCAGGAGCCCAGUGAGAUAGUUUUCCCUCUAAUCAAGGAGGAGUCGGUGAAUGAACUGCCGGCAGAUGUAGAUGUCUGUGUGAAGCAGGAGCCGAGCGAGCUGGGUUUCCCGCCAAUCAAGGAGGAGUUGGAUGAACCAUGUGGAGACAGCUGGCAGCCAGAACCCGGCAGUUCCUCUGCCAGCCAGGACUACACUCUGUGCAAGCAACAAGUGAAGGAGGAGAUAACUAUAGAAGAGCACCCUAUAGCUGCAGCCACAGCAGCUGGAUGGAAUGAACCACACAGCUGUGUGAGUUACCAUGGCAACACUUCAUCAGGAUGCAUGGGCCACAGAUCCCAAGACUCACCAGACACCUGCAUCUUAACCAAGCCAGAAGUGACUAACACUGACCCCAUGAAAUUAUCAUGCCCCACAAACUGUCACCCUAAAUCCACAGAAAAUUAUUGUGUUAGCAAUUGUAUUCCAAUACAGCAACGCACUAAUACACACAUAGGCCAUAAACCUUUCUCCUGUACUCUAUGUUCUGCUAAGUUUAGCCAGGCUAGUCAUCUGAAGCAGCACUCCUUUAUACACACUGGAGUAAAACCUUUCUCUUGUACUGUAUGUACUGCUAAGUUUAGCAAGUCUAGUCAUCUGAAGCAGCACUCCUUUAUACACACUGGAGUAAAACCAUUCUCUUGUACUGUAUGUACUGCUAAGUUUAGCAAGUCUAGUCAUCUGAAGCAGCACUCCUUUAUACACACUGGAGUAAAACCUUUCUCUUGUACUGUAUGUACUGCUAAGUUUAGCCAGUCUAGUUAUCUGAAGCAGCACUCUCUUAUACACACUGGAGUAAAACCUUUCUCUUGUACUGUAUGUUCUGCUAAGUUUAGCCAGUCUAGUCAUCUGAAGCAGCACUCCUUUAUACACACUGGAGUAAAACCUUUCUCUUGUACUCUAUGUUCUGCUAAGUUUAGACUGUCUUGUAAUCUGAAGAAGCACUCUCUUACACACACUGGAGAAAAACCUUUCUCAUGUACUGUAUGUACUGCUAAGUUUAGACAAUCUGGUCAUCUGAAGAGGCACUCUCUUACACACACUGGAGUAAAACCUUUCUCUUGUACUGUAUGUUCUGCUAAGUUUAGCCAGGCUAGUAAUCUGAAGCAGCACUCUUCUAUACACACUGGAGAAAAACCUUUCUCUUGUACUGUCUGUUCUGCUAAGUUUAGACAAUCUCAUGAUUUGAAGAAUCAUUCUCUUACACACACUGGAGAUAAACCUUUCUCUUGUACUGUAUGUUCUGCUAUGUUUAGCUGGGCUAGUUCCCUGAAGCGGCACUCUCUUAUACACACUGGAGAAAAACCUUUCUCUUGUACUGUAUGUACUGCUAAGUUUAGCCAGUCUAGUCAUCUGAAGCAACACUCCUUUGUACACACUGGAGUAAAACCUUUCUCUUGUACUGUAUGUACUGCUAAGUUUAGACAAUCUAAUGAUUUGAAGAAGCAUUCUCUUACACACUCUGGAGAUAAACCCUUCGCUUGUACUGUAUGUUCUGCUAAGUUUAGCCAGGCUAGUAAUCUGAAGCAGCACUCCUUUGUACACACUGGAGUAAAACCUUACUCUUGUACUGUAUGUACUGCUAUGUUUAGCCAAUCUAGUUUUCUGAAGCAGCACUUACUUUCACACAUUUGAAAAAAACCUUUAUGUUUAAAUAUUUUUUAUAAUUUCUAUUUUUGUGUUCUAAACAUUCAUGCUAUGCAAGCGCUCUCUCUGGUAUACAUAUACAGUAAAACUUCAUUAAUACAAAUCUGAGGGGACAGAUAAUUUAACCACUUUGUAAUAUUGUGAUAUAUAUUUACCAUGCUUCCCCACAAUGUACUAACAUUAUUUGUUUAGUAUGUUAAAACACAAAAAAAUAUAUAUGUGCAAUAAAUUUGAACACUGUACUACAAUCAGCAUAAGAAAAUUAUUUUAAUUAAAUUCAUGAUUGGGCUACAUAAAAGUAAACUCAAAAUGAUUACAAUUUUAAUAUGUUGCUACAACUUAAAUAUUUAAUAGUGCACUGAAAAUAUUUUGGUAAAAAAAAAUAAAAUUUUUUUUCUUUUAUUUUUUUAUUAACACACGUCGGACAAAGCUACACCACUGAUAAAAAGCUUUGAUUGUUUCAUUGUCUGUAUUGCUGGAAAGUAUGAAUUGAGGGAAUACUCAUAAACUCAUCUAAUACAUAAGUACCUUAUUUCCUGUAUGUAUUCUUUCUUCAACAAUAUACUUAAACUUAACAUAAAUUUUCAAGGCAUGCCCAAAAUCAUGACAUUAAAAACCACAAAAGUUUAAACUUAUUUUGAUUGAAAUUAUACAUUUUAUUAGUUACACAGUAGUCUCGCUAAUCAGCCUCCUGCUAGUCCAGACAUCCGGUUAAUCUGGACGGAUCUAGAAAUAAAAAAUAAAAGAUGAUAAAAUAUGUUGUGGCACUGGAAAAGAAGUCAUUACAAUUCUAAGAUAAGAAAGGGUCCGUUUGCCCUCAGUUGCCGGAAGUAUUGUCACCAUUUUUCCGCUCAUCGCCUGUAUUCAGGGGAGUGACUCACUCUAUACCUGCGAGUUGUUUGUUUUGUUUCCUUCAGUCAAUGAUUACUCGUGCUGGCGAAAGUGCUUUAUUGAGUGCAAGUGUCUUAUUGUGUGCACUUAUUAAGAGCAAGGUAAUGGCUACUAAAUGUAAGAAAGUGAAUUUAACAAUGGAGCAACAACACCAUGCUUGGUUUCGUAUUGACGUGCAACAUUUAGGAGUGGGAAAACGAACUGUUUCUGAUGAAAUUUUUUUAAAAUGAAAUUGAAUAUUUUUGUGUGAAAAUGGUGAAGAAGAACAGUCUGGAUAACAGAAGCACGUUUAAAUAAAACAAAAAGAAACUUUAGAUAAGGCUUUGUAAAUUUUGUUUUGCAUACAACGUGAACAAGGCGCUCCGCUGUUGGGCGCAACAUUACAAGCAUUAGCGCUCACUCUCAGUUAGGGAGUCACCCUGCUUUUACUGCCAGUGUGAGAUAGUAGUCUCGUUGGAAAGAUCGUGAACUUAGCGUAAGUGGUGAAAUUUUGUCAGUGGACAAAAGUGCACAUGGAGACUUUAAAGUAAAAUUUGAAAAGUUUGUUAAAGGUGAAAACUUAAAGCCUUGUCAAAUGUUUAAUGAUGAUGAAACGGGAUUAAUUUACAAAAUUCUUCAAAAAAAAAAAACAUUAGGCUCAAUGUUUGAUUCUGUAGAAAAAGGUUAUAAUAUAAAAAAGGACUGUGACUUUGCUUUCUUGUAGUAUUGCUUUUGGCUAUUUGAAAUUUUCACUUGUGGUGUAGGAAAAUCGGCUAAGCCUAGAUCCUUUAAAAAUCUUAGAAAAAGUGCUCUUCCAGCCCAGUAUACUUCACAAAAAUCGGCAUGAAUGAAACGAAAAAUAAUUAAUGCUCUGUUUUUUUUUUUUUUACAUUUGUUCCAAUAUAGAACGGUUUUUAAUACAGCCCAGAAAAAGCUGUGUUGUUAAUAUUGAUAAUGCACUGUGUCACCCAAGUAAAGAUCUACGAGAUGAUGAAAUUUUUGUAAAAUUUCUGCCACCAAACAUGACUGCUUUGAUACAACCUAUGAAUCAAAGUGUAUUUGAAACAUGAAUCAAAAAUAUAGGAAAAAAAUUAUCAUGUAGUUUUUAGAGCAACAAGAAGCAGAUGUAUCAGUAAACUUAUGGUUCAUAUUGUUACGAGGCUCAGCAGGGCCUCCGGCAAAUCACUAACCUGAAACUGGAUUAUAACUUAGGGAGUAGAAAAAAAAGACCUGGUAGAGCACUAUACUGAGGUACCCGAGACCUAGUCUCCUACCUAUACAGGUAGGGUAGGGAAAUAUUCACGAACUGAAAGAAAACAUAAUUAAACAAUUCAGACACAGAUUUAUAUUUUACUACAUACUUAAAGUUCACAAAAUAAGUAAACUUUAAUAAAUCAAUAAAAAAGUUUCAAAAACGUGAUGCUUGCCGUCCCACAAUUCAUCAUUACUAUUUAUUUAUAGGCAACAUGGCCGCCCUCCCUUCGCCGCAGCUCCGCUAAGGAUUAGUCUACGCGCAUAUCUCUACUGGCAUGCCGAACUACUUUCCCUAAAGCAUGAUUAAAUUACCGAUCAACUCUACAAUCUUCUAAAUUGAUUAAGUGCUGGACAGAGACCGUCCAGCCUGAAGCUCCGUCCCACGAGCCAUUACUCGCCAGUCACUUACCCGCGAUUCGACACAGCGUCACCGCCCCGUCCCGACGUGGAUCACCCGUCCAGAGAGGUCCCCCAGGCGAAAAAGACCCAGUCCAUUCUUGGAAGGGAGUUUUACCUCUCCAACAAAGUCACAUGGAAAACUCGAUCACAGGGAAAAAUUCAGCCACAAAAAAUGGCUGUCCCCCUCCCGCAAGGAAAACAAAACACGCUACGUAGACGGUUCCCUCUGCGCAGGCGCGAGCCUUCCCCUUCCCCUCUCGCGCUACUCCCUUGUUCGAGCAACGUUUCCAAACUCGGACGCCAGAUUGCGACACCAUACAGGACAGUGUCCUCAAAACGGAUACACAAAAGCCUCACGAAGCGAAAAAGGACAAGAACGACAAACAAAAACUGGCGCGGCGCAGCGGGUUUUCGGGAACAACAUGUUGCAACCUCUCAGCGAGCCCUGGCCAGCGACCCGCGAGAAUUAGCAAACCACGCAGCCUCGCAAAAGCCAGCGGUGCCUGCAAACUACAAUCACAGCAACCUAUAUUCCACUACCCGUGUGUCGCAAUCAACAGGCCAAGCCUGGAAACGUGCACGUACACCAACAAACGUUACCCAGACGGGAUACAAAAGUAAAAUAAAUUUAAAAAUAAAGUAAAGAAAUUUUCAGACCGUGACAAUAUUAAAAAAGCAAAAGCGUGGGAAGAAAUUAAGCCAUCAGCUCUUCAAAAAUUAAAAAAUUGUGGCCGAUCAUUUCGCAGGGACACCAGGGACAAGACGAAACUCUGCCAACGUCAAUUAGCUUUGAUUUUCUUCAAGUUUUUCAACAGUUGGAGGGUUGAAUGACAUAUUAGAGGAGUAUGACAUAUCAGAAUGUCUAAUAAGUGACAGCGGUAUUGGUCAUUACAUGUAAAGUGAAGAUGAAAACCUCGGAAGCAUGCAUUGCAAACACAACAACUGAAAUAGACAGUUCGAAAUAUGACGAUGAAGAUGUGGAGGAAUCAGCUUGCCCAACUUACGGUGAAGUGACUACAAUGCUGGAGGUGUUGCUGAUUUACUUUGGGAAUCAUAGUGACAUCUGUUGAGCUACU